AUGCAGAACCCAGAAAACUACAUAGCUGACGACCUGAAUGUCUGGUCUUUUGACACCCUUCGACCAGAUGGAGUUGCUCGCGAUACAGCUCGCUCUCAGGGCUUCUUCUUGUAUCCUUACGAGUUCUCAUCGUUCGUGGUGGUGCCGCUCAUGCGCAAGCCCGGCCCACAAACCGUCGUGGUCCGCUUCAUAUCGCCUCUGCUCAUCCCGUUUGAUGACUACAUCCGCAUUCGGGCUCCUGUCGGCGUGGCAUGGUACGCUGCAGACCUGCAGUUCAGCACGGAAGCUGCGCUGACACAAGCAAAUCUGCUUGGGGCACAAGACCCAACUGUGGAGUUUGAAACGCCCAAUGAGCUUGCUGUACAGCUCACCACCACUGCAGAAGCCAACUUUGAGUAUGGCAUGGCAGCCAGAGCAGAGAUUCCGCAAUCUACGCCAGUGCCGAAUGCCUGGUGGAUUGAACAGUAUCGCCGAACAGGGCUUCCUGCACCAAACAGCUGGCGGUAUAUCGCAUCCAAAGGGGCCUCAGGAUUCAAGACGCAAGUUCUUGUGAACACCAGGGUCGAGCCAUUCAACAUUGUUGCAGAGGGAUGGCAGAACCCAACGCUUUUCGUCUUUGAGACAACCAUGGAGGUCAUGCCCUUCCUCCAAGCAACAGCGUCUGGGACAGAGCUCAUUCCGGCCAUGCUCCUCGUGGAAGCACCACCAGGGUUCACCUACAUUUGCCCGUUGUCUCCCACGGUGUAUAUGCCAACCUAUUCUAUUUCUCUGCCAAGCGAUGUGUCCUGCAAUGUUGACCACAACACGCUCGCAAAUCGCAACAAGCUGUUCCUGGAACUACCGUCUGGGCUGCAGGGCGAUACACGAUAUGCCUUCACCAUUGACGUCGUGAAUGCCAGGUUCAUUGACCCCUUGCGAAACUUCUUCCGCUUGGCCACCAUGCUUGCUGGCGAGGCCCUCCAUUAUCCUAAGAGCAGAAUGCAGAAGCUGGCCCAGAGGAUGGACAACACGCGCUACAUGCAAUAUGAGAUCCGAGAGGACCGUGUGGUGGAAGCAACAUCAAAUGUGGUGUCCUUUGUAAUCGGUACUACCUUGGCAGUGACCGAGCCGACCGUACUUGAAGUGCGAGCUCCUAUCGGUUUCAAAAUCGCCCACUCCUGCGACGGCCAGGUGGGCUGGGCUACGUGGAUACCACUGAUGCUGGUUGGACCGCAGAUGGAUUUAUGUCAAGGCAUGGGGGCAGCGGACGCAAGCAUGGAGCACAUCGCACGGGUCACAAUUUCCGGAGCAUGGCAGCUUGGAGACUAUGGCCUCUACGUCACGGUGCAAAAUCCAAUGUUUACACCGGCGCGAAACUUUUGGGGCUUCACGAUCUACGAUAGCAACAUGCUGCCACUCAUGUCAGAGUCCUGGGUGUUUGGCUUCCAGAUCCAGGUUGUGUUGGAUCCAAAGCUGAAGGCCUACAACCAGGGCAACGGUGUAGACGGAGAAGCUGCAAUAAAUUACGUGGACAUCAGCUUCAUGCUGAGCACGAGGAUAGCUCCGGAGCCCAGCCGCGCUCACUCGAUCGUGGUCACCGCUCCGACUGGCUUCUUUUUCCCUCAGAUCUGUCAAAGCUUCACAAUCGACACGUUCACGUCUGGCUUCAUCGGAUUGCCGAAGGGCACUGGUUGCCAGGGAAACAACGGGAACAUUCUGAAGGUCACCCUCCCCUUCAUGCGAGAGCUACGGAAUGAGACGUACUACAUGUUCAGAGCCUUGGUGGUGAACCCACGCGAGACCUUCCUGAACGUGGAUUCACCUGACAAAUAUUGGCGCAUUGAAUCGCAAAGAGGAGGCAUGGAGCUUGUCGACCUGAACCGCGUCAUUCCUUCAUUCGCCAUCUACCCACGCUUGCGCUACUUCGCCGUUGCCGCGCUUUCGCAGGUGGGUCUUGCAUCCACAACCUACAGAAUACAUUUCAGAACUGAUGAGUCAUUGCCACCGCAGCAAACCGUGCACAUAUACCCACCUGUGGGUACGACUUUUGGCGGUCUGGUUGAUGGUGCCUGUAUUGACACUGAUCCUGUUCUGCUGAGCCUUCAAUUUCCGACCCCGCUGAUCUCUGGAGUGACUCGCUUACCUGAGUGGGUGUCCUGCAGAGUUGUGAGCCCAACAGAGCUGCUGCUCCGCAACGAGGAGCCCAUCUUGGGUGGUCGUCCAUUGAUCUCAGGUCCGGUAUUUGAGUUCUUUAUCAUGAAUGCGACCAAUGCAGAAAGCACUCCGCAGCUCAAUCUCUUCCAGAUAGAAGCCAUUACAAGCACUGCAAUGGGAAGGGAGGUUUGGACUGCUCCGGGAUGGGUAAUAUACCCCGAGCUUACGAUGACAUCGGUGGAGACGGCCAAUCCUGGCUAUGGAUUGUACACAAACUUCACCGUCACAAUGCAAACCGUCACGGAGGUGCCAUCCGGUGGCUCCAUUCGAAUUAUUGCACCAAGCGACUAUUACUUUGGGCCCUUGAUUGAGACUGCGCAGACUCGGUAUGAUCCGCUAGCAUCGGAACCAUCACCUCAAGGCGCUGGCCAGGAGCGCCCACCUCCUGAGAGGGUCACAAUUUGCCACAUCUUGCGCCCCAUGGUAUGGGCAUGCGCACUAGAGUUCACGCCCUGUGUCAUCAUGAACGAGCUAGACGAAUUGCGAACGCUUGGCAUGGUGCUAUCACCCACGCAAGAGGAUGCUUGGCGAACAAACCGGACCUUAUGCCUGGACAUGAGGGCGAAGUGCGACCCAGGAGGGCGGCUUUCGGAUUUGAUCUCUUGCGAAAGUCAGGGCAGCACCCUGGAUCUCUACGUAGCGCCGCUGGUCUUCCUGCCCUCUCGGCGAAUCUUCCGCUUUUUGAUACAAGGCUACAAUGCUCGAAAUCCUCCUGUGAGCGCCAUGGCGAAUUCGUGGCACUUCAUGACCCGGAACUCAGACAGUGAAAAGACAGUCCUAGACGAGAAGCCGCAGGUGCCCGGUGUCUCUCUAAUCGGAAUCGUUUCCGUGGACUCCAUUGUGCCCUCGAACACAAAGGUAAGCAGCAUUGAGAACUAUGUGACCGUCACCUUGCGUUUAGCCACGCAGUGUGAUCCUCGAGCACUCCUGCGCAUCACCUUCCCGGUGGAGUACAUGCGAGGUGAGAAUGCUGCCUUCUCCGGUCCAGCCAUACAGACAGGGUUCACAUUUCCUCAGCAGGUGGAGCGGCGUCAGAGCUUGAACACUAUCGAGCUGGAAGCUAUUGAGGAAGCCUACCCGGCCAACAUUCCGCUCGUCGUCAUUCUUGGGCUGAGCAACCCAGAAAUCUCACCGACCAGAGCUAACAAUGUUUGGACCUUCGAAGCCAUGAGCCUGUCCUCCGGGACGGAAGAGCUGCUGAAUGUCAAUCUGAACGUCACCGGCUUUAAGAUCUUCGGCGAGUUUUCUGGAGCAUACGUUACUGGCACUGUGCUGUCUCCUUUGGCUACUAACGUGGUUGGCAUCUGGCUGAACUUGAAGAGUCCACUCAAAGCCAGCUUGGAGACAGGGCAGACUAGUCAGAUGAGGCUGUGGUUGCCACCCACCUUUGAACCACUUCCGGACUGUGGGAAUGCCUUGUUCUCCCUGUCAUACGAUUCCGGUCGCGAGCUGGUCAAGAACCCCUUCCCCAUCACAAUCUCAUACCUGUCGCUGCCCUCGGGAACGUACUGCUACGACAACUACGACGCAGCGAGCGGCCAGUGGUUCGUCGAGCUGACCAUCGAGCAGGAAGUGUCUUAUGGUCUUGACUAUGCUUUUGAGUUCGGCAUCACAAAUCCAUUCCGUACUCCACCUACUUCAGAAAAUGUGUGGAGGUUCGAGACGCUUCAGAACGGUGUGAUCCUCCACCUGCGGCAAAGUGUUCCGGGGUUUGAGCUGGAGCAAAUCAAGGAAGUCCGGGUAACUCCAUCCGACACCACCACCUUGCUGCCUUUGCAUCGGCUGGAGUUUUACCUGAUGAGUGACAAGUACAUUCCUGGCGGAUCCAAGAUUGAAAUCACAGCUCCUGUUGGCUUCAUUUUUACCUGCGCCUUUUUCAGCACAGAUGCCGGCCUGGCCAUCACGACUACGUGCUACGUUCGGGAGCCAAACAUUGCGGAGUUCACCAUGGACACCUCGGAUCCCAAGCAGCCAAACUCGCCUUUCAGGCUGUUUGUCGUUGUGUCAAAUCCAGAGUUCACACCGCAGCUGAACUACUUCAACUUCCGCAUCAUCAGUCCGCUGGCUGACGUGCUUGACAUGCGUGACUUCGUGCCCAGCUUUGACAUCACCGGCCGUAUCGAGGUCGACAUUCAGGCCACCUUUAACUACUUUGGACAGGUAAAUCCACUUCGCGUUGUCUUCGUUCAAUCCACCAUCCUGAACCAGGCAGACAUCGGCAAUGAACUUGUGCUGUCAGGCCCGGAUGGCUUCAUCUUCCCAGCAAACUGCACGGAAGGCUUUCGUUUGAGGUUAAGCAAUGCAGUGGAACAGCCAACCAGCAAUCGGGGCUAUGACAUUGGUUUUGUAUUCCCUCCAGAAGGCAUGACGUGUAGGGGCUACGACAACGCCACGGUCAGUAUCCGGUUUCCAGAUGGCGCAGGCCUUCUGCGAAAUAAUUACACGCUGGAGGUGGAUGUCAACAACCCAGGGUACGCGCCGAACUCAACCUCUUGGAGCUUCAUCACACGCGUGCGGAACGAGCAAGACGGGGAAAAGAUUGUCGAUGCCAACCGUACCCUGGACGGUUUCGGGCUGGUCGAACUGCUCCCCAUGCGCACUGAUGAAAGCUUUGCUGCAAGGCAAGCAGAGCUCAAAGUGCUCUCGGUGCUUGCUGCCCUCUGGCUGAAAGAGGUGAGUUAUGCCAAGUGCCAGUGCCAGCUCCUGACCUGUGGGCAUUGCAAUUCGGGUGGCGCAAUUUUUGGACGAGAAGUUGCAGCACUUGCCAUCGUGCCAACGGUGCCUUCGAACGGAGGUUUGCCGGGAACGGAUCCCGUUUUGGCUCCUCCUGGCGAAGAAUGUGUUUAUUUGGUCGGGAACUCUUUGGGACUUCAGCCAUCGCAAACUAAAGAAUUGGUUUCUGAGGAGCUGGACAAAUGGGCCAAAUGGGGUGUCAACGGCCACUUCACAGGGGACAGGCCAUGGAUGCCAAUAGAUGAAAACGUCAUAGAGCAAAGUGCUGCGAUUGUCGGAGCCGAGAACACUGAGGUGGCAAUCAUGAACAGCCUCACGGUGAAUUUGCAUUUGCUUUUUGUAUCGUUCUACAGACCCAGCGGCAAACGCAACAAAAUCAUGUACGAGGCAAGUGCUUUUGGCUCUGAUUACUUUGCCUUUGAGUCGCAGGCUCGGCUACAUGGACUUGAUCCAGCAGAGGUGCUGCUACCUUUGAAGGCUCGCCCUGGGGAAGAGUUGCUUAGGACCGAGGACAUAGUGGAGGCAAUACAGGCAGCCGGGGACAGCCUUGCUGUCACUUGUUUCGGUACCGUGCAGUACUACACGGGACAGUAUUUCGAUGUGCAACCCAUCACAUCAGCUGCCCACGCUGUGGGAGCACAUGCAAUCUGGGAUUGUGCCCAUGCUGUGGGAAACAUAGAUUUGAAAUUGCACCUUUGGGAAGUGGAUGGUGCAUGCUGGUGCAAUUACAAAUACUUGAACGCGGGACCCGGGGCCAUUGGCGGCUUCUUUGUGCACAAGAAGCACCACGACAAAGGACUUCCCGUCUUGGCCGGAUGGUGGGGCCAGAAGCAAAGCGUCCGCUUCAACAUGGAUCACAAGUGGGACCCGGAGGUCGACGCAGGGGCUUGGCGAUUGUCUAAUCCGCCAGUCUUGCAGACAGUCUCUUUGCUCGCGAGCUUGGAGAUCUUUGCAAGGACGUCCAUGACUGAACUUCGCGGCAGGUCAAUGCUGUUGACUGCAUACCUGGAACUGCUGAUUUCGGAUCUGGUGGGAAAGCAUCUAUCCGUGAUCACUCCAACGUGCCCGUCCGCACGGGGCUGCCAGCUAAGCUUGAAGUUCAAUGAGGAGACAUCUUGCCUAGCAACAUUUGCUGCGCUGGAGAAGCGUGGCAUCGUAGUAGAUCACAGGAAACCAAAUGUGAUCCGUGUAGCUCCAGCUCCUUUGUACAACUCCUUCCGAGAUGUGUUCAAGUUUUGCACAGCCCUUCGAGAAGGUCUGAAUGAGGUUGAAAAGUUGGAGGUUGCCCAACCUGCUGCCAAGCGUAUCAAGGUCUAA